AUGUGGCACAUGACAAGAAACCCAUUUGUUGUCGAUGUGUUACAGUUACCAAAAGAAGUUCAGGAAAAAUUUCUAGAAAUGAAGGCUGAUUCGUCCAUGAAAGAUGACUUCCAUCUUUUGACAUUGGAGCAAUUUUGGAUCAAAAGAUUGCCUGUUAAUUCGAAACUUGCCUCUCUUGCUUUACGAGUACUAGUUCGUUUUUCUUCAACUUACUUGUGUGAGACAAGCUUUUCUGCUCUAGUAUUAAUUAAAACUAAACAGCGAACUCGUCUUGAUGUCGAUAGCGACCUGACGAUAGAUAUGACAAAAACAGAACCUAGAAUUAACCAACUGGUUCUGAACACGCAAUCUCAAGUGUCUCAUUAG